AUGGACGUUUCAAUUUCAACGGUUGGAGUUGCGUUUGGCGUUAAGUCUUGGUGUAUCAACCUAGCAGGGAUCCUGGGCUUGAUAUGGUUUCUCUAUACAAUUAUUUACAACCUCUACUGGACGAGCCUGAAGCGCUUCCCAGGACCACUACUAUGGAAAGUCUCGCGUAUUCCAGCCCAGCUGUCAUUGCUGCGUGGCUUUUCGCAUUUAGACGUCACCGCACUCCAUGAGCGCUACGGUCCAAUAGUGCGGAUCGGGCCGAAUGAAUUGGCAUUUAACACGCCUCAGGCGUUCCGCGACAUCUAUGUCACUCGUUCUGGAAAAUGCUUUCCCAAAGCCCGGAGUUAUUACCCCUUACCAGUUAACGGGGUGGAGCCUGUUUCUGUCGCGGUGGAAGAUGACGUCCAUGCGAGGCAGAGGAGGUUGUUAUCGUAUGGAUUUUCGGAUCGGGCGCUGAGAGAGCAGGAAGGGUUGAUCAUGGGGUUUGUGAAUACACUUAUUGAGCGGUUGACUGGUGAGGUUGAGAAGGGGAGUGGAGAAGCGAAAGUUGAUAUUAAGGAGUGGAUGAAUUUCGCUACAUUUGAUAUCACGGGCGAACUUACGUUUGGGGAAUCGUUCAAUUGUCUCCAGGAUAGCGAGUUGCAUCCGUGGAUCGGGGUUAUUUUCAAGUCUAUCAAGCAAGGCUCCUAUCUCAUUGUUGCUGGGCAAUUUCCCUGGGCGCAGAAGUUGUUGGUGAAGAUGAUUCCACAGAGAUUGAUGCAGAAAGCUUUUGAUCAUUUCAAUCUGAGUUCACGGAAGGCCGAUCGUCGUCUCGCGAACAAGACUAGCAGGCCGGAUUUUAUGUCUGCGAUUUUGAAGGGUGGGUUGAGUGAGGAACCCGGGGUUUAUCGGGGGCCUGAGAAGAUUAUGAGUCGGGAUGAGGUGCAUUCGAAUGCUUUGAUGCUGAUCUUGGCCGGUAGUGAAACAUCCGCUACGCUUCUCUCCGGGUGUGUCUACUAUAUCUGUCGACACCCAACCGUUUUGAGAAAGCUUAAAAAGGAGGUCCGCUCAUUUAUCAUUGGCGAUCAAGAUAUUACCAUGGACAAAACCUCAAAACUGCCAUAUUUAGCUGCAGUCAUUGAAGAGACACUACGUUUAUAUCCUCCCGUCGCCGCUGGGCUCCGUCGUAUCGUUCCGAAAGGAGGAGCGACAAUUGAUAAAUACCUUGUCCCUGGAGAUACCAUUGUUUCAUGCCACCAAUACGCAUCGUUCCAUUCCUCGUCCAAUUUUGCCUAUCCCGAAGACUUCAUCCCUGAGCGAUGGUUAGGUAUUGACCCUCGCUUCGAUGAUGACAAGAGAGCUGCUCUCCAGCCAUUCAGUCUUGGGCCCAGGAAUUGUCCGGGCAAGAAUCUCGCGUAUAGCGAAGUCCGUCUUAUUCUUUGCAAAUUGCUUUUCAAUUUCGACGUCGAGCUGCGUUCUGAAUGUACCAACUGGAUUGCCCAAGAAUCGUAUUUUCUCUGGGAUAAGCCGGCGCUUUGGGUUACUUUGAAGGAGAGGAUAGCGAGUACCUGA